UUCCCUGGAGGUCAUUCCAGCAGAGAAAUUUCCAAGGCACAUGAAGCAAAGUCGUGUCAGUGAGCCAAUUCUUCAGGGAGUCACCUCAAAAUUCAAAACACACAAUUACACUUCUUUGAGAUGAGGUCAACAUUGUUCACUCUGGCACCAGCAAGCUACAUGAGGAAUGUGCGCCAUCAUUCUCACUGCUGACACUGAGCUGGGAAUUGGGAAAUGGUAGGUGAAUUGAGUUUGUUGCAUACUCCGAACUCAAUGCAGCCUCAUGGAAAAUCAGAACAAUGUCACAGAAUUAGCUUUCAUGGAGCUUUGGGGAAACAAGCAAAUAGAGCUACUGUUCUUUUUCUUGUUCCUGCUCUGUUACCUGGCCGUCUUAAUGGGGAACUUCAUCAUCUUACUCACAAUCACCUGCAGCCAUCUUAUCCAACUACCAAUGUACUACUUUCUCUGCCACCUUUCCCUCAUGGACCUCUGCUACACCUCCACUGUGGUCCCUCGGCUAAUCAGGGACUUAGCUGCAGCAAGAAAAAAUAUUUCAUAUAACAGCUGUAUGACCCAGCUCUUCACUUUCCACUUGCUGGCAAGUGUGGAGACAUUCAUCUUGGUGUCCAUGGCCUUUGAUUGCUAUGUUGCCAUUGUCAAGCCCCUGCGCUACAUGGUCAUCAUGAACUGGCAGAGGUGUAACAUGCUGAUCAUUAUGGCCUGGGUUGUGGGGUUUUGGCACUCUCUUGCUUUACUGCUUGUGGUACUCAAUUUACAUUUCUGUGGUGCUAAUCAGAUAAAUCACUACAUAUGUGAUGUGAAACCUCUUUUGAAGCUGGGGUGCAAAGAUACUCAUGUUUUUAGUAUCUUAGUGAUUGUUAAUUUAGGAAUCGUGGUGGUUGUUAUUUUUCUUGUCCUAGUAGCUUCUUACAUACUCAUAUUGUAUAAUCUUAAGACAUGCUCAUCUGCAGGACGGCGCAAAGCUCUCUCAACCUGUAGCUCUCACGUAAUGGUUGUAGUUUUAUUCUUUGUGCCCUGUAUCUAUACUUAUGCUCUACCUGUAGGGAGUGAGAACCAAGAUAAGGAAAUCUCCAUGUUUUACACUGUGAUUGCCCCCAUGCUUAAUCCUCUCAUCUACACUCUGAGAAAUGUGGAGAUGAAAAUCACCAUGUGCAAGGUUUGGUCUCAAAUGACACAUUCAGAAUUCAAGUAAAUAAGGUGACGUUCAUUGUGCUUUCAACCCUGUGUCCCAAGAGCAUUUAUCAUUUGAGAUGUUAUAGAAAGCACACCCACUUUCUUUGAGGAGUUGGACCAAAUGAUCUCUGACAAGAUAUGACCAAAGGAAACACGUUAUUUUGAGAACGCAACCAAUUCUAGGUGUGACUACCUGGAGUUGAGUAAUUCAGAAGUGCCCUUCUAAAACACAUCUCUGAUCAUAUCACUGCCCUUUCCAAAAAUUGAUAUGGAAUCCUACUUUCCUUGGAAUAAAAUCUAACCUUCUCACUUGUUUAUCAGAAUCUUACAAAACUGGUCUGAGUCUGACAUGCUAGUCUUAAAAGUCACUGCACCUGAAGAAAGUGUGGUGUUCCAGCGACAGGCUUUGGAGUCAGGGACACUUGGGUGACUACUGACUCUGUAAGGUUUUAUCUCUGUGUCUUGGCAAUUUGCUUUAAUUAUAUGAGUCUCUGUUUUUUAAAUAUCUAUAAAAUGUGGUAAUGUUGUACUUCAUAAUGAUGUAAUAUUACUUUGGCUAAUAAAGGUGAAGUUUCUGCACAGUACUAAGUUUUAGUUUGGGAAACUCAUGUUAGGUCAUUUUCCUCUUUCCUUUCCUUUCUUCUUCUGUUUCCCUUUGCUUGGAUGCUUUCAUCCAGCUACAAUGGACCCCUCUACACUCUCCAAACAUCCUCUAAAAUCUCUCACCUCUAUGGCUUUAUUUCUGUUGUCUCCCUACAUAUAAUGCCCCCACACCUAUGCUUUAGUGUCCAUGCCUUACAUAUAAUUCACACCCCUGAUGGUUCCUUAUUCAGGGAGACUUUGCAGAUCCAUAAACAGACCAAAAGUAUUUCCAAUUUCUGCCCUGAUUUUUUACUGCAAUUCAGCUGUACAUUCACUCUAUUUUAAAUAACGCUUUGCCCUAUAAGAGUGUUUCUUCUUAUGAAUUGUGUUUUUACAAUUUGACAGAGACAGAUUAUGUGCUGUAUCUUUAUUUUCCUUUGUAUCUCUUUUUCCUAUCAGCACAA